AAUCUUCUUUUUAUGGCCAGGAAAUCAAUAGUCACCAACUGGAUGUCUACUAGUGCUCCAAAUAGAUAACUAGAUGAUGUUGUUGUUUCUUUUCUAAUGCAGGAAGAAGGAGAGUUGUGGGGGAGACAUGAUGGAGCGCUACAGGCACUUACACAGGAUCAUUCUCAUGGUUGUUCUGCAAGGGGGGUUCCCAGGUUCGUACAGUCAGGAUUGGGCCAUUACCCUCCCUGAAUCCAUCAGAGCAUUGAGAGGAUCAUGUGUGGAGAUUCCCUGCGCAUUCACCCUCCCCAGGGGCAACAAGGACUUCCGUCUGGUUUGGUAUAAUUUAGACUCUACUCCUGACGAAAUAAUAUUCAGCCAGCAGGAUCCCUCUGAUGUGAGUGAGGGUUACAGAGGCCGCACUUCCCUGGUCGGCAAUGAGCCAAACAGCUGCUCCCUGAGGAUUAAUGAUGUGCGAGAAAGUGACAGUUAUUAUCCCUACAUAGAUUGGAAAUGUCGUGUCUAUAAUUUCGCUAGGUGUCAGAGUGUGAGGGUUGAAGUCUCAGAUGUUCCCAAUAAGCCAGCAAUACAGAUACCCACAGAUCUAACUGAGGGGGUACGUACCAACAUCUCCUGCUCUGUAGAACACACGUGCCCCCCCAGCCCCCCUACUCUACAGUGGAACACAGUUGGGUAUAAACUCACUGACAGGCAGCAGAGCCUUAAGGAUGGAGUAUGGAAAGCUGAGACUGUAAUGGAAUAUCUCCCCUCCUACCGGGAUCAUGGGGCUGAACUUGAAUGUGAAGCUACGUAUCCAAAUGGGCUCAGAUCCCAACGCCGGGUCACUUUAAUCAUAACAUAUUCUCCCAAAAAUGUAGCAGUUGUUAUAUCUGAUGGGAAGAAGGAAAGGAAAGAAGGCGAUGCAGUGAGUUUAACCUGUGCCAGUGAUGCCAACCCUGCUGCCAAUGCCUUUACCUGGUACAACAAUAAGAGAGAUGAAACUGUAGAGCUGAGGGAGGAGCAGGGGCGGAGCAUAACUGUGACUGUGGGGCGGGGCAGAGAGACAUUCUCCUGCACUGCAAGGAACCCACUGGGAACUGGGAAUUCCACUCUCUCUGAGCUGCAGGUUUUGUAUAAAGCCCAAAAUGUCACAAUUGAAGGAAAAGAUGAAGUGAAGGAAGGAGCAGCCUUGGAGCUUGAAUGCCAUUUCUCAGACUAUAACCCACAAACAACUCAGUACAGCUACAGCUGGUAUCUAAAUGGGAAUCCUGUGAAUGGGGAGACUGGCAGAAUAUUACAGAUAAAUAACAUUACAGAGUCCCAUUCUGGCACCUACAGCUGCAAUGUGCAGAACGGAGUGGGACCUUCCUAUUCCCCAGGCUUUGCUGUUACACUGAUGUCUGCACAGACAGGAGAGAAACUGCCCAUGUGGAUUAUACUCGGGGGUGGAGCCGGUUCUCUAUUGGUCAUACUAUUGGUUCUAGCUCUAUAUGUAUUCCUUAGGUAUGAAUCUAGAAAGUCACAGAAACUAGAGGCUUCAGGAGGCAGGAGAACAGAGACCAACAUUCAUGGGGACGGACCAAACGAAGGACCAGAGAACUAUUACUGCAACGUCUCAGCCAUUGCAGGGAACGGCACAGCAGGGACCCAGAUGGUUGAGAUUGAGUUAGAAGAUCUUUACACCGAGCCAAAGGAGCCAAUGGAGGUUGAGUAUACUUUGGUGGAUCAUGUGCCGGGUAAAGAAGACUCUCAAAUGCAGAACCCUACGGACGAGACAGAAUAUUCCUAUGUGACCUGCUGAUUUAGGAGCGAAGAGAAAAAUUCUUCUGUUCAUAGUGAAGACCAAAGGAAAGAAACAUCUCACAUGGUUUCUAGUGGUUUUUAUUCUGUUUACAUAGGGACACUGACACUGGGAUUUCUUAGCAGACUGAUAUUUAUGAAACUCUUUUUUUCACCCAACCCCUGUCUGUCAGCAGAACAUAAACAAUGGAGAUGCGGAGUCUAAUUUAGGGAAAGAAGCAAAUAAUGGGCACACAAAGAUGUCUUCCUUCGGAAAAAAAGAAGCCCUUUGCUUCUUUUUCCGAAGUUGCCUGCAGGAGGAAACUUUGUGAUGCAAAUGG